AUGAAGUCUACCGCUCUAAUUUCUGAAAUAAAACCAAAGGCAGUGGGGUUUUCCACCUUUGACGAACACUUCCACUUGUUGGAUACAUCUGGUGUAGCAAAGGCCAUUGACAAUUCGCCGAUCGCCGAAGUGGUGAAGAAAUCGAAUGCCGAACUAGGUAGGUUGGGCUAUUCUGUUUAUGAAGACGCUGAAUACAUUGGUCAUGCAUUCAAGAAGGCCGGCCAUUUCAUCGUUUAUUUCACUCCAAGAAACAAAAACAGAGAGCCCAUGAUCCCUCCUGUAGGAAUAGCCAAUUAG